AUGAGUGCAACCAAACCAGCCGAAAACGGCAAGUAUCGGGUGGCGACGCGCGGCAUGGUGGACGAGGACGUGUACGAUACCCGCAACCGCCACGUGGCCGCUCACCAACAGCACCUCCGGCUGCGACGCAUCAAAAAUGUGCUGGCCAAAAGAACUGCUGUCUCUGAAAUGGAGGCGGACGUCAUCCAGGGCGAACUGGCCCGCGACUUGCGUCUCUUGGUGGAGGCAGGAGCCCUUGAGCUGCCAGACAUUGGCGAUGAGCACCAGCUGGAACAGCUGUUGCGAGACGAGUUACAGUCUCACGAAUCGGUCCAUGGAGCUGUCGAUGGGCUCGUCGACGGCGAUCUCGACGGAAACGUGGACGUAGUCAUGGAUCUGACCGACGACGAAGAUGGCGCACUGGAAGACGAAGAAGAACGGAUGAUCCAGGAAGCCUUGGAACUGGAGGCCCGGGACAUUGAGCAUCUCGUCAACCAGAUGAACCUCGAUCAUUAG